AUGGCAAGUGACAACAUCCAAAUACUUGGCGCCGUGCCGCCACAAUACACGGACGUUUUGAGCGAUGACGCGCUGGAAUUCGUGGCCGAGUUGCAUCGCAACUUCGAGACCACCCGGCGGCGGCUGAUGCAGGCUCGCGUCCGCCGGCAGGCGGAAAUAGACGGCGGCGCGACGCCGGACUUCCUUGCAGAAACCCGGAGCGUCCGCGAAGGGGACUGGCGCGUGCAACCUGCGCCCGCCGACCUCACCAACCGGCGGGUGGAGAUCACCGGCCCAUCCUCCAACCGGCGCAUGGUGAUCAACGCGCUGAACUGCGGGGCGCAGGUCUACAUGACCGAUUUCGAGGACGCGCACUCGCCGGCGUGGCUGCCCACGCUUGACGGCCAGACGAACGUGCGCGACGCCUACCGACGCAUCAUCAGCGACGAAGCGGCAGACGGGAGGCAGUAUCGCCUGAACGAAAACAUCGCCACCCUGUGCGUGCGGCCCCGGGGGCUGCACCUGAUGGAGCGGCACGUGUUGGUGGACGGCGAGCCCGUGGCCGGCAGUUUCUUCGACUUCGGCCUGACGGUCUUUCAUAACCACGUGGCGCAGCAGAGCCACGGAACCGGCCCUUACUAUUACCUGCCCAAGUUGCAGUCGUACCUGGAGGCGCGGCUCUGGAACGACGUUUUCAGAUACGCCGAGGAACGUUUGGGCAUCCCGACCGGAACGAUCAGCCCGACGGUCCUGAUUGAGCACAUCCUGGCGGCGUUCGAGAUGGAGGAGAUCCUGUACGAGUUGCGGGAGCGGCCGGCCGGCCUAAACCUGGGCCGUUGGGACUACAUCUUCAGCGUGAUCAAGGUGUUCAAUGGGCGCAGCGAUAUGGUGUUCCCCGACCGGGCGCAGGUGACGAUGGCGACGCACUUCCUGACGUCGGCGGCGCAUUUGCUGGUCAACACCUGUCACCGCCGGGGCGCGCACGCGUUGGGCGGCAUGUCGGCGUUCAUUCCGCGCCGGGACGAUGCGGCGGCCAACGAAGCAGCCUUCGCCCAGGUGAAAUCGGACAAGCAGCGGGAGGCCGACCAGGGCUUUGACGGGGCUUGGAUCGCCCACCCCGGGUUGGUCGAGCCGGUGCUGGACGUGUUCCAGUCGGCGUUCACGACCGACAACCAACUGUCGGUGAUCCCCGAAGUGCGGAUCGCUCCGGACGACCUGCUGGCGGUCCCGGAAGGGCAGAUAACCGAGGCCGGCCUGCGGAACAACGUCAGCGUGGCGUUGCAGUACAUUGACGCGUGGACUCGCGGUAAUGGCGCGGUUGCCAUCUACGGGUUGAUGGAAGAUGCCGCCACCGCCGAGAUCUCACGGUCCCAGUUGUGGCAGUGGCUGCAGCAUGGCGCCGCCCUGGAUGAUGGCCGGCCCAUCACCACCCAGCUGUAUCGCCAGGUGCGGGCGCAGGAGGCGGCGGCGCUGGUAGAGCAGCGGGGGCAGGACAAUCCCGGCGCGUUGGACAAGGCGGUGGAACUGUUGGACGAAAUCGUGCUCUCCGACCAGUUCGUUGAAUUCCUGACGCUGCCGGGCUACCGGUAUUUGGACUAG